AUGUAUAUCAUAUUACUGGUUCUGAAUGGAAAAUUCUAUGGGCCUGUGGCAGAAAAGGCUUACAAGGUCCAGCUUUCUAGAACCAGUAACAAUAAGUCAGGUCCUUCAGUUGCUGGAAAUGGAUUCAACAAUGUAGUCCAGAGUGCAGCAGAGACAAUAUAUAUGAUUCUGUUUUACAUUGCUGCCGCCGUAUUUGCGUUCUUCUUAUACACAAUCCCACAUAUCGGUAUCCCGCUUUCUUUUGUGAUGAAUUGUGCUAUAAUGUCUUACUAUUGCUUUGAGUAUAAAUGGUCAUAUCUUGGAUGGAACAUGGAACAGUGUUUAUCAUAUCUUGAACGUCACUGGGCAUUUUUCCUUGGAUUUGGUGUUCCCGGUACUAUUCUGACAUUCUUCUUGUCAGUUAUACGUUCCGGUGUAAUCUUUGCAUUGAUUUAUCCCAGCGUAAGUAGAAUCUUGGCUUAG